UUAUUGUUUUCGGGUGACUCAACUCGACGGAUCGUGCUGGUCGAGACGUGUCUGACCAGCUGAUCAGAGGGAAUGCCUUUACUGGUCGCCCCACAAGUGUCCCGAUAGUGACACGGCCUUCUCUUCCUGACCUUCGCAGGAGACGGCGUGCACCAUGAGCAAGGCCGGCAAGUCGAGGAAGAGGAAGCUCUCCGGGUCUGCGGACGAGGUGGAGAGGAUGCGAGUGUACGUGAAGGUGAUAGAGGACAAGCUCAAGGCCUCGGACGAAGAGGUGAAGAUACUCCGCAGCCAUCGGGACGUGCUGGUCGAUGAGGUUGAAAUCCUGCACAAGAGGGGCCUGUCUGAGGUGGUCGUGCUCCAGCCGCGACAGAUGCACGUACAGGACUUGCCCCAACACGUGAUGCUGCGCAUCUUCGACAUGCUGGACCGCACGUUCCUCACGGACGUGGUGAGCGAGGUGUGCAAUCAGUGGCUCCUCCUGGUGUGCGAGCCCUCGCUCUGGGCGCGCGCUACCCUCACCUAUGUCAACUCUAAGGGGUCGGCGACGGGCGCGACUACGUUCGUGCGCACGCUCGGCUCCGCCUCCACGCUGUACGCCCUGGAGUGCGGCCUGUCACCGGCGGACCCGCCCCGCGUGCACCAGAUGCUGAACACGUGCGCCACGGCCGUCGAGCACCUGUGCUUCGACCUGGACACGGCCGCCCCCGAGGCCGUGCUGCGCCUCAUGUGGAACUCCCGGCACUGCCUCAAGGAGCUGUCAGUGCGCGAGGAGCCCCUGGGCGGGUCCUACUUCUCCUACAGCCAGGCUACCAGGUUCUGGGAGCAGAUCGAGGGUUGCCGGCAGUUGAGGUCACUGGUGCUCUUUUUGUCUCAAAAGAGCGGCCUGUCGUCCUGCGUGUAUCCGUUCCGGCCCAACCCUCACCCCUCGCUGCGCACCCUGUGCCUCGACGUGGGCGUGCUGCACGAGCACGCCAAGCUGGUGCAGUUUGGCAUCGUGGUGAAGUCGCUCAUCACUGCGCACCGGGCCACCCUGGAGAAAGUGGGCCUGCCCAUGUUGGUGAGCAUGCCCGGCACGGUGGUGGCGCUGUCUCGGUGCCCAUCGCUGCGCUCGGUCAGGGUGCCCGUCAGCCCCGAGGUGCGCCACCUGUCGCGGUGCGACCAGCUGAGCGAGCUGCGCCUCACGAUGGACAACGCGCGGCGCGGGCUCGAGCUCAACCCGGAGCGCGUGCUGCACAACAUCUGCCAGUUGCCCCAGCUGCACGAGCUCAACAUCUCGCACGUGGGCAAGUGCAGCGACGCGCACUCCGCCGCCACGGCCGGGUCGCUAGGCGUGCUCAACGAGCUGGUGGAGCUGCGCCGCCUGCGGCUCACGUGCCUGCCGACGUGCGACGACCUGGACCGGCUGGCCUCGUCCCCGACGGCCGCGCCGCACCUGGAGGUGCUGUACUUUGGCGAGUCUUGCGGCGACGCCCGGGACGCGGGCUGCCGGCUGCCGGCGCUCCGUCGCCUGCUACAGCGCCGUCCUCAGCUGCACGUCUCGCUGACCAGCAUCAGGGUUUAUGUUUUUAAUGCAAUUGGCUCAUUGGCGGGAAUGCAGGGAACCUCAUGCAGGCCCCCUAAACCCCCCAGUCCGCGCAGUAAGGAAUUUGGUUUUGUGGCAGUGAUAAAAGCAGCAAGUUCAGCAUCAUCAUCAGUUUAUUGA